CUACCUACUUACUUACGUAGCAGUAGCAUUGCACCGGGAACCCCUCCUUCCAAAACGCCCUUUUAUUACUCUCCCGUCUUCCCCUCCUUUUACCCUCUUCUUCUCUUUCUCCCGGCUCUCCAAGGCUUCCUCCUCUUUGACCUUGCAUUCUAUCCCGCAAACCUUCGUCUACAUCACAUAGCUUCUCGCCAAUCUGCGAUACGCCACAGCGAGCAGCAGCUUCGUCAUCAGCAACAGUGAAUUGAUAUCCAACCUCAACCCGCCAUAUCCCUCAACUCCCAGCUCUAUCGAAGGUAGCUAUACUUCCUCCUCAGCUUCCACAUUCUUUCUACUUGCGAUCCAUUCGCUAACGGCGCCCACAGCUGGAUUGAGAGCAUAUACCUUCCUGACUAGCUGAAUUUCACAUUCAAGACCACGCCUAAUCCACCAUGGCCGAACCUUUGUCCAAGGUCGAUAGUGCCGUACAAGGCCUCUCAUCCUCACCACCCAAGGAGAAGUCUCAUAGGAAGAGUUCAAGUGUUCCCGGGGUACCAAGCGUGAAGGAAAUGUACAACACCAAGACGCCGCUUAAGGUCUCAAUAGAAACACAGAAAUCUGGCUGGAAAAUCAACACUUCAGCCAGCUCGGUUGACGACAAGGAUAUUCUCACCAAGCCGCUGGUCACGCCCUUGGUAAGAGUAAUCGACCUACAAUUCUCACUUGGUACUACGGUGACGGCGCGGAAUAAAUUCGGAGUCACGAUCAAAGAUGCAUUCGAUGCAAUCUACAAGACACAGAAGAAGAAGGCCGACGAUGAGCUCACCGAGCCGUACCUGAAGGGCUUUGAGUGGCCACCGGCACAUCCUAGCUGGGAGGAUGAGAUGUCAAAGUUAAAGGAAGAGGACAGAGAUCGCACAAGGGAAAAGGAAUGGGGCACCCUCCUCAUCCAUCUAUCAGCUACCCCCGAGACGAGCAACGUCGGCGGUGGCAAGAAGAAGAAGAAGGGUGCCGAAUAGGCGCUUUCUGACAACCUUCAACCGAAUCUGACACACCACUUGAUACCUUGCGCGCCAACGCCACUUCAACUCUUCCCUCAUAUGCGUGCAGCGUAAUGUGAUAGAUUCUGCAGAUGGUAUCAAUUGCAUGAGACAUAGCGCUCACUCGGAAGCGGGGUUCGAAGUUCUGCCACGAAGCACUGGCAUGUACUCAUAGUCCAAUCGCGACGCUUAGUGUAUGACUUAAUCAACAAUUACAACUACCGCACUGACGCAAACUGGUAGCCGAAAAGUUGCUGUGAGGGAUGAUUGGUCAUUUACCUGGCGACCCAUGGGCUACCUGCGUACUUCGAUACUACUCUGUCGAGUGAAAUGCACCUACUGGCAUAACAGUCAUUGCGUAAUCAUCU